ACCGAGCCUCUUUAACCACCCACCUGCCAUUAUCAUCUCGCUCGCUCCCCUUCACUUCUCUCCUUCUUGCAUCUUGCCAGCCAGGCCUUCUGCUCUCUGUCUCGGCGUGCGCCCACAGACCAAAAGCCAGAGCCUUCCAUUCUACACACACAAGCCAACGAGAGCUGCGCGCAUUGGAGCGGCGCCGGGAGAAAUACUUGAUGGCGGGCCUCGGGUUCGAGGAGACCGAGCUCCGGCUCGGCCUGCCCGGCGGCGGGAACGACGCCGGGGAGGCCGCGGCGGCGAGGAAGAGGGGAUUCGAGGAGACCAUCGACCUCAAGCUGAAGCUGAGGCAGCCGGCGGCGUCGCCCGCGGCGCGCGUGGAGGAGGAAGCAGAGGAGGAUGAGGCAGCGGCGGCGGCCGACGUUGUCGCCGCCGCCGCGUCGCCGGCAGCAGCCGCCACCGGCGGUGCAAACAUGAAGAGGUCGCCGAGCCAGAGCAGCGUGGUCACCACCGACGCGCAGCCGGACGCCGACAAGCCUCGCGCGCCCAAGGCGCAGGCGGUGGGCUGGCCGCCCGUCCGGUCGUUCCGCAAGAACAUCCUCUCCGUCCAGUCGUGCCAGAAAGGGGGCGGCGACAUGGACGACGGCAAGUCCGGCGCGGCGGCGUUCGUGAAGGUGAGCAUGGACGGCGCGCCGUACCUGCGCAAGGUGGACCUGAGGAUGUACGGGAGCUACCAGGAGCUGUCCAAGGCGCUCGAGAAGAUGUUCAGCUCCUUCACCAUCGCAGGCAGCUGCGGCGGGUCUCAGGGGAUGAAGGGCAUGAACGAGACCAAGCUGGCAGACCUGCUCAGCGGCUCCGAGUACGUGCCCACCUACGAGGACAAGGACGGCGACUGGAUGCUCGUCGGCGACGUGCCCUGGGAGAUGUUCGUGGAGUCGUGCAAGCGCCUCCGGAUCAUGAAAGGAUCCGAAGCCGUCGGCCUCGCUCCCAGGGCGAUGGAGAAGUGCAAGAACAGUUGCUGAGGAAGGCAUCGCGAGCGUCCAGUAUUAACUGCAAGGACGGAUACGCGUCCGCUCCUCUCUGUAUCAUAAUGUUGUUGAGUUUUACUACCCUGAAAGCCUGUGUCGUCGUCUCGGUUAAGGCGUGUUGUUCAUGUACUAGUGUGUUCUUCUCUUCUUCUCUUUUAAUUUAGGGACUCCACGCAUGUAUAAUUGUGGUUAAGUUUCAUCUUGUUAUAUGAAGUAUAUAUAUACACGUAACAAAGAUGGUGUGAUCGAUCGAUA